AAGAGUGUCCGGCCAAAUAUUAUGGCAGUAUCUGAUAACUCCAUAAUGGGUAUAAAACUUCAGCUCUCCCUCAUUACAACACUUUCACCACAACAGACAACAUGCUGACAAGAGUUGUGUUGGCGUUGUGUUGCGUGGCGGCGGCCCUGGCGGACACGCCGGCCAACUGCCUCUACGAGGACGUCCGCGGCACCUGGACCUUCUCGGAGACGGAACGGACAGGCGACCACACCAUCAACUGUGACGAGCUCGUCCCCAUCGUCCACAACAAGACCUUCACCCUCAGCUUCCCCAACGUCGCCAAAGAUGAGCUGAACAACGAGGGAACCUGGACCAUGAUCUACAACCAGGGCUUCGAGGUGAACAUCAACGAGCGCUCCUACUUCGCCUUCUCCUACUACGAGGGCGACAUGGUUUCUUCGGUGUCCUACUGUGACCGCACCUUCAACGGCUGGUCACGAGACAAGACCAUCAGGAACUGGUCCUGCUACACCGCCCAGAAGCACAACGCGACGACUCCCCGAGUGACCCACAACCUGAAGAAGGCGUCGUCGACACAGCUCUUCAAGAACGACCAUAAGAUGAUAGAUGAGAUCAACGACUCCCAGAAUUCCUGGAGGGCCAAGGCCGACCCCCAGCACGAGAGAUACACUGUGGAGGAAAUGUACCGACGUGCUGGCGGCCGUAGAACCAUCAGUCACACACAGCCUAAACCUGCACCUGCCAGUCCUGAACAAAAGAGGCGCGCCGCCCUUCUGCCGGAGAACUUCGACUGGCGUGACGUUCAAGGCGUAAACUAUGUGUCAGACGUGAGGGACCAAGAGUCCUGCGGCUCCUGCUACGUCUUCGCCUCCAUGGGUAUGUUGGAGGCCAGGGUGAGGAUCGCCACCCGCAACCAACGACAGGACGUUUUCUCCACCCAGGACAUAGUGUCGUGUUCGGUGUUGUCUCAGGGGUGUGAGGGAGGCUUCGCGUUCCUGGUAGGUGGCCGAUACUCCCAGGACCAAGGCGUCGCGGCUGAGGAGUGUAACCCUUAUACUGGCGUGGACGACAAGUGUGACACGGACAUGAGCUGCGCGCGCACCUACGUCAGCGAGUAUGAGUAUGUGGGAGGUUACUAUGGCGCCUGCAACGACGCGCUCAUGAUGUUGGCCCUGGUGGAGAAUGGCCCCAUGGCGGUAGCUUUCAUGGUCUACGAUGAUUUCCCAAGCUACAGCGGCGGCAUUUACCACCAUACGGACUCUGGCAACGGCUUUAAUCCUCUGGAGCCAACCAACCACGCGGUGCUGUUGGUGGGCUACGGUGUGGAGGCCGACACGGGAGAGAAGUUCUGGUCGGUAAAGAACUCCUGGGGCGGCAGCUGGGGCGAGGAUGGUUUCUUCAGGAUCAGGCGAGGAACCGACGAGUGUGGUAUGGAGUCUGAAGCCCUCGAGUCCACCGUCAUCCCCUGAGGAACAUAUUCAGCUUGUGAACCUUAACUCAUGCAUUUAUACACUUUGUAGUACUGUAUUAAAUGAAAUCAGUGAGCUUUUA